AUGUCUCGUCACUUGAGAGCCCGCCGGCUCUGCUCACAGCUGCUGCGCUCUACCUCGAAACCUCUGCCCACAACGCAACCUUGCGGGUUGAAAGCUGUUGGCAGCAGUCAAUCUACCAAUAUCGCACUAUCUCAGGCACAUUCGUAUGCCACGCAACAAGCGCCGCGAGCACCGCGAGCGCCAAAAGCGCCAGCAGCCAGACCGUCCAACUCGGAGCUCUUUGACAUUUCAAGCAUCACACCUGGGGACAUCAAGACAAUCAUUGAUAUGACGGAGGGGACCUUUGACACCUUGUCUCCGGAAGAAUACCACAAGGUUGCUUUAUUGUUCCAAGAUGCUAUCAAAAAGGGGGCAUCUCCCUGGAAUGUCAAGUUGUCAAAAGAGGACGAUGUGCCAGCGCAUGUCCUGCAUGAACUAGCCUGCAUCUUGAGAAUUACAACCAAACAAUCUCAGUUAUUUGCUGGAGCAUUGUGGACAGCAGCAUCAAACAUGGGCUACAGGCCGUCGACCAUCUCCCUGGCGAGGGAGCUCAUCGGGGGCGGCUUCUGGGGCAAAGCGUCGCAGUACAGGAACGUUGAGUCACGCUUCAAGCAGAUUGUGCAAGAAGGAAAGGACAGAAACGCUCUCACCGCCGAAGGUGAGAGGCUCUACAAACUGGGCAUGUACGAGGCCGCUGUAAAGGUGCUGCAGCGCGCCCUCGGCCCCGAGGAUUCCGAGUUUGAGUGGAAGCAUCACUGCCAGCUGUGCCUCGGGAGAUCGUAUCUCAAGCUCGGAAGGACUGCUGAGGCGAAGGAGUUGCUAGAGGGGAUUGAAGGGGCGGGCUCUGGAGAGGCGGCCGUCGAGCUUGCUCAACUGCUUCGAACGAGCGAUCCUGACAAGAUGGAGCAGUACCUUUACACGGCUGGCAUAAACGGACGCUUGGAAAUGUUUCGACAGCUUUCAGAGAUUGAGUUUGAGAAGGAAGCGAGGGAGACGGAUAAGGAGGCCAAGAAGGAACACAAUCUCUGGGCGAUGGAGUGGUCUCGUCUGGCGGAUGAGAGGGAGAAGAUCUGA